UAAACAUAUUAGCGUCUUUCUUUGAACUUUGAUUUCGUACUUUCUGUACUUUCGUUUGACGUUUUCGACCAGUUCGUGCGUCCACUUCAAAGUGGCCUUCGUGGACUUCUGAGCAUCGUGUUUGUUUUUGGUUCGUUUGAGUUUAUGUCUUUUCCUCCCUCCACUGUUGCAAAUGUAAUUAUUUUUCUAUUCACAGCUUGAAACAAUUUUUUUCAAGCAAUGAGCAACUAUUUGUUUUUCAACCCCUUUUUGUAUAUUAUCUUUGCUGUUCUCGGUGAAACCGUGUGCUUACUUUUCCCCGUGCGUUUGAAGUACCACCGGCAAUGAUCAGUUUUGGUAGCACACACUUUUUUUUUGUUCUGUCGGGUGCGAUCCUUUCGGCACGAGGUUACACGCUGUCAGAACCGUCGUUCGUUUUUCCGCUAUUUGGUUUCGGAUGCUUUCGAACGUAAUUGGGCCUCUUUGUAUGUUGUCAUUUUCCCCGAGCCUGUUGACAAGUGCUGAUUAGUUCGGUUUGUCAAUCAUUUAUCGUUUACUGCAUUGCGAGAAAAAAAUGAGAUACUGCUAUUUUUCAUCGGUUUCCAUAUGGUCAUGAACCUGCUCCAUUCAUUUCUUCUCGCGGCGAAACGCCGACAGAGGAAACUGUUUAUUUAUUGGGGGUAUUUUUAUUAGCGGUCUCGAUGGAUCUGCAUUAGCUAUACCGCCGUGCCGAAGGAUGCGUGUGAUUAGCUGUACUCCGUUGUUUCUACCUACCUGCGAGGCUGGGGUAAUCCUAUUUAACAUGUAGUUUUAAAUUAGUUUUCCAUUACUAGGCCAACUGUUUAGCACCACCCUAGGUAUAGUUUGCUACUAUACCAGCGAGAAAAAUAUUAAUGAAGAUUUUCCCUCCUACUCGACCCUCUCACUAACGGUUUUGUUAGUUGCCUAUAUGAUGAUCGAUCAGUUGUUCCUCCCACUGUUAGGAUUGGGAAAAUGUAGGGUGAUGUAUCAUAAGUGAACCGAUUGAGAUUAUUUUUAAAAUUCAUCAACUUCCCUGCUGACAAAAAAGUUUACGUCGGUCGAAACAGUCUUUAUUUCUUGUUUACAUCACUAAUUAUCGUGUCACAAAAGUUUCCAGGGAUAACUCAUAGUUGGUGAUUGUGGUAGUUAAGUGAAUCAUUGUCAUUUUUGUCUCUUAGCUUAUCCUGCAAGUUGAAGUUGAUGAGACUGCAGCAGACUUCGAAUUUCAAACAAAUAGAAAAUGCUUAGAAAAAAGAGAUAGUUAUAUUGGAUGUAACAAAGUGUCCCACUCAUGAUCCAUCACCCCACUGUACCGGGGCAAUACUGUACAAGGUGGUUUCUUUUCCUUCUCUGUACACUGUAGAACGAUGACGUGAUUUUGUUUACUAUUCGCAGACUCAUUUGCGCCAGUUUACUAACGGGAUGAUUCAUAGUGGCACUCUCUACGCCCGCUGAGCGAAGGAGGCGGCUGCUCUCCCAGAGUCAUGUUAAGAAUCUUAGCAGAACAAAAAUAAUUGGAUUAUGUUGACCCAGUAGGUUAACCUCAGUUGCUUUCCUAUUCGUAUUUGUAAUGUGGGUCAUCUUGGAGAAAAAAAUGUUGAUGCAUUGAAGCAUGCAAGCAAUUUUGGCACAUUUCAGGCCUUCUUGAUUUUACCAUUUUUUACGAGCAUCCCUUGCGCAAUUUCGCCCGCAGCGGCAAUACUGCUCUCUUGUUCUCUUUUACGGUACACAACUACAGCGUGAAGCUCGACACCGUUAGCUAGAAUUAUAUGUGUGUAUAAACCGUAUAAACACGCGACUCUCCCAUUUCUCGCUUACCUCAUUUUCGGUUGGCAGCAGUGAUGCCACAUUUUCAUCUGUAUUUCGGAGCUCAAAAAAUCUUGGCACCUUGGUAAAAUUUCAAAAAAUCUGUAUAAAAAUCUGCAUAUGUACUGGACAUAUCCUUUUCGAAACAAAACGCAUUCUAGCUUGUUUAACAUUUAUCCCGUGACUCAUUCAUGCACACGUUUAUGCAUAGCAUAUGAAUAUAGUAAAACCUCCGACACACUGAACCGCAUUUGAGUUAACUUUUGUUUUUCAACUAUAUCAAGAAGUUUAAUUUACGACCACAUAAACCAAAAAAAAAUCUGUAUAAAUCUGUAUUAUUUCCGGAAAUCUGCAAUCUGUAUAUGCAGAUAUCUAUAUGAAAAAUACGCAAAAAAUCUGUAUAAAUGCAGAUAAAUCUGUAUAUGUGGCAUCACUGGUCGGUAGCACUGCAUGGAUUGUCAAAUUUACUCCAAAUCGAAGUGUCACAAAUCAUUCGAUUAAUCGCUGCUCCGACACAAUCAAGAAGUGCAGGUAAUCAAUGUCACUCCGCCCCGGGGGUCACGUACGGUGGGCCUUCGACUUGGCCGGAUGGCGCCCCACGGUAGCUGAUUUGCUGCUAGCGACCUCAUGCAUCCAGCCGGAGGAAAAGCAACGGUUGGCGAAGUUUGUCUUUCGGGACGAUUUUAACGCUUCACUGAUCGGGCGGUUGAUGAUGCGCCAGUUUGUCCAUCUGGCGACCGGGCUGCAUUACGAUCGGAUCGAGUUCGGUCGGGAUCUGAAGGGGAAACCGUUUCUGAAGAACGACGGGAUUUACGCUGUUGAUUUUAACGUUUCACAUCAGGGUCGGUACGCAGUGCUAGCGGGCUUGGUGCAGGGUGGCGAUGGUCCGACGGUGGUUGAUGGGAAACAGCCUCGGAUAGGUGUUGAUGUGAUGAAAAUAGAGUACGGCGGGGGAAAGCCGCUAGGGGAGUUUUUCCGUUUGAUGAACCGUAAUUUCUCCGAUGAAGAGUGGCGGUACAUUAGAAGCCAACAGGAUGAGAACGAUCAACUGGAAGCGUUCAUGCGGAACUGGUGCCUGAAGGAGAGUUAUGUGAAGAACGUCGGAAUUGGGAUUACGGUAGAUUUAAGAAAGAUUAGUUUUUCUAUUAGAAGUCAGAGACUGGAUACGAAGAGCGUGGUAUGCGAUAGCACUUUAAAGCUAAACGACGAUCCGUUGAGGAAUUGGCGGUUCGAAGAAUCUCUAAUCGACAAGGAUCAUUGUGUGGCGGUUGCUCUGGAAAAUGUCCCGGCUGACAACGAUUUGAGCUCAAAUUGUUUCCAAAUUAUCGAUUUUACUACGUUGGUUGAGGGCCAUAAACCACUAUUGGCAAUUGAUGAAAUCUACUGUGACGGUAUUAUAGGUAAGGAGUAUAAAAAUGUGAAAUAAAAUCUCAUCGGGUCUGUUUGCUACUGAAA